AUGAACUUCGACCCGACGCUCGACUUGGAGGGCCUUCCUGCCCUUCAAAAGCCCUUCACGCGGACUCCCGGUCUCUUGAUCGCGCCUCUCAAGUCGCCUUACUACGAGGGCUCUAGCGGUGUCUUCAUGCGCCUCAGCAGCGACCCGAUCGACAAGCGCAUUGGGCUUUUGACGUGCGCGCAUGUCUCCCGCCCGCCUCCGAUCUUCGCGAACAUGGACUACACGUAUAAGGAAGGGACCCAUCCGCGUGAGGACGUCGUUCUCCUCGGCAUGAAAGCGUUCAAUGACGCAGUCGGCGACAUCAUGAGGUUCAUUGGCAACCAGGUGGGCGCCAUUUCCGCCUGGGAGUUGGCCCUCACCAGCGUCCCGGCGUGGAAGGAGAACGAGGCCAGCAAAAUCACAGCAAAGCGCGACGAGCUCAACAGCUUGAUCAACGGUGCCAAGACCAAGAUCGAGGACGCCAACGAACUCCACACCUACGUCACCAAGAACUUCACGGCGACUGAAUUGCGCGUCUUCGGCUUCGUGCUUCACUGCGCCAAGAUCGAGGUCGGCGUGGGCGGGUACAUGUACGACUGGAGCAUCGUUCAGUUGGAUAACGACAAGAUCGAUCUGGACAAGUUUAAGGGCAACAAGCUGUUCAUUGGCGGGAACAAGACCGCCGCUGACUGGAAAAAUUAUAUGUUCCCCCAACCCAACGAUCGUCGUGGUUUCAACAUGCCCAAGGACAUGCUCCUCCCUCUCAAGGGUUACGUCCCCGAGGCUGAGUUACGCAACCCACAGAACCUCGACAUCCAUAACCUGAAGGCUCUGCUCGCCGUCAAGAACGGAGGCGCGACCGGCACCACCUUCGGGCGCGUGAAUGGCCUCGAGUCCGUCACUCGCAAGUACAUCGACUACGGCAUCCGAUCCGAGAAGGCGCUCGAGUUCAUCGUCUGCGGCUACGACACGAAGACGGGCGACAACGCCAAGUUCUCCGACGCCGGCGACUCUGGCUCGAUUGUCGUGGGCAGGGACGGACGUCUCAUUGGCCUGCUCACGGGCGGCGGAGGCCCGACUGACAAGACUGACAAGACGUAUAUCACGCCCUUCUACGCGCUCAGGAUCGUCAUGAACAAGAAGUUCCCCGGCUGCCACCUCCUCAACCUCGAAGAAGCCUAA